AUGGGUGGAAGCUUGAUCGAUGAUGAUUGGGAGUUUACAUUACCGUCGAAUGGGGUUAAAACUGUGGUUUUGAUUGGACGUACGGGUAAUGGCAAAAGUGCGACGGGCAAUAGUAUCCUUUGGAGAAGGGCAUUCAAGUCAAGGUCUUCCUCAACUGGUGUUACUAGUACUUGUGAAAUGCAGAGGACUGUAUUGGGAGAUGGCCAGAUUCUCAAUGUGAUUGACACUCCUGGAUUGUUUGAUGCUUCUGUUGAACCUGAAUUUAUUGGCAAAGAAAUUGUUAAGUGCAUCAAUAUGGCCAAGGAUGGUAUCCAUGGAGUUCUUGUAGUUCUUUCAGUCAGAAACCGCUUUACGCUAGAAGAAGAAGCUGCUGUUCAUAGCUUGCAGACCUUCUUUGGAAGCAAAGUUAAUGAUUACAUGAUUGUAGUGUUUACCGGUGGGGAUGAACUUGAAGAAAAUGACGAGACUCUGGAAGAUUACUUGGGUCGUGACUGUCCUGAGCCUCUAAAGAAAAUCCUCCUACUUUGUGGAAAUCGGCGAGUGCUAUUUGAUAACAAAACAAAGGACGAAAGCAAGAGAGCAGCACAAAUUCAGCAACUGCUUUCACUUCUAAAUGUGGUCAUAGCACACAAUGGUGGACAACCAUAUACGGAUGAGCUUUUUGCUGAGUUGAAGGAAGGAGCUAUGAAACUUCAUGAUCAAACAGAAGAAGUUAAGUUGAAAGGGUACUCUAAACAGGAGAUAUCCGAGUUGAAAGAGCAGAUGAAUAAAUCAUACGAAGAACAGCUUAUGCGUAUAACUGAGAUGGUAUCCAUACUCCCUAACUUUAAACAGUAG